AUGGUGUCACAACAGGGACAACAAGCGCAGAUAGCUGCUGCGCAGCCAAAAUUUCGAGAGGAGAUGGCAGAUAACUUCUUCGCGAAUAUACAUCAGGAUAAGAGGGUACUACUUGUUAUUUACUUACACAUGCUGCUCAUCCUGCAGCACUUUGCGUGUUGUUUUUCUGGAAUUUUGAGUUGCUGGCUUGUUGAUGGAAACCUCAUGAUCAUGCAGUAGAUUUAUGUAUGAUCAUACUUAAAGUCGCUGCAUAGUGUACAAUUCAAACCGCUGCCCCCACGACAGGUAUACAGAGGCAGCACCUACAACAGUGGGUCACCAAAGCGAGGAGGGGCGAGUCCGAAAACAAGACGGGCAGGCACUAGGCCAAAAGCCGUGGAUCCUUUUGCUAUCGAUUUGCCGAAGCCGGAAAGAAUACCUGUGGAUCUUGUGAGGUACAAAAAUCAAAAAUGCUUUAGGACCAUUCCUUUCACUUUCUCCACUACUUCUGAUCUCAUGUUGUUGAUCGGGUCGUCGUACACCAGGACUUUAUAGAUAAUAACUGUACAAUGGGAAGUACAACGUGUUCAAACUUUAUAAGUAAAUGAUAACCUAUUACUGCCCGCAAUUCUUGGCUCUUAAUAUCUUCUUGCUUACCAGUUUAUAGUUUAGUUACUUGGUAUCGGAGGUUUGUUGUUGUAGGUAUCGGAGGUAGGUACAACAGUUCUUCUCCGAAUCGACUAACAUCAUCAUCAUCACCUUCACUCAGGCAUCUCGAAGAAAAGCCAAGACUGGUGCAUCAAUCGGCUGCAUCGUCGCAGACAGACGCAUUAUUAAGGGCAGGUUAAAGUAGGUGUUCCACCUGUUAUUUAGCGUUCGUUUUGCCUUUCUUAAGGGGGAAAGGUAUAACGAACGGGAUAAACGAACACCAAAAGCCUAGCUCUAACAUUAAAACCGAAGGAACCACCAAAGCCGUUUGUGCCGAAGAAAACCGGCGUAGAUGCCUCAACACACAUAGAAGAGGCUUCAUUGUUCGACUUUGAUAGGGAAGUGGAGCCGCUAGCGAGUGUACUACGAUUAAUCGUUGUUCUGAGUACUUGACUAUUGUUUUUGUUGAUGAUCAGUAAUGAAGAACGAAGUGCAGACUGCUACAACGUUCGUAGAAAGUAAGAGAGUUGCUGUUACUUAGUAACUACUACUUCUACUUAAAUACUUUGCUAUUUUAAUAAAUUGGAAACAUAGUACUUUGCUAUAAUAUAUUCUAAUUGAAGUAGAUGUUUCUUCUUAACAUGAUGAUGAGCAUGACAUCGCCCUAGCAGAUUCAACCUCAAAUAACAAAGGUUCUCGUCGCCAAGACUAUAGAGCAAGCCCAAAUGGAAGUGGAAGAGGAAUUUGAAAUGAGUGCUCUGGCCGAUUACAAGGAGAAGUGGGUAAAUUCACGCAUGGCCAGCCGAAGCGAGGAAUUAGCAGCAGUAGCAGAGGAAAGAUCACGGUAUGUAUGAAUGAAUACCAUAUAGAUGUUGAUGUUGAUAUCCCAACACAAAUAACGUGGACGUUGAUGUUGUAGUUCCUUGUUGCUGUUCUUGUCCCUUGGUAGUUGAGCUAGUUUUGAUGAUGAUCACCUCGCUCCUCGCCCUUUCUUUACAUUCCUCCAGUUUUUUCACACAUCCAUGAUCAUAGAUUGAUCUCCAAAUCCAAAAAAUCAAUCUUCUCCCAUGAUCUCCAAAAGAUCUUCUCCCAACGAACAACAGAAUGGAAGCUACCGAGGCCGAGAGGAAAAAGCGGGUUAUGUGGCGAGAAGGGGAAGUCAGGAGAAAAAUUAUGUGUCAGGCUGCCACGAAACGGUAUCUCCUGGACCUGUGCGGCGAUGCGGUUCAUAGUCUCAAGGCGCAGCACGGCUCCUUCCCAUCCAUAGAAAGACGCAUUGUGGCGACGCAGUUUAUGCCUUGGGUACUACUACUAUAAUUUCUUAGACAACAGGAACAGUGAGUACGAGUAGUUGCAACAGCAAGUACUUUUUUUUCAUCGAUCAAGAGAUGCUUCUUGUUUUAUUUAGAUCUACAUUCAUACUGGUAACUAACGAGGAAGACCAUUCUCUUCUCCUCUCCUUGUAUUUUCAACCACAAUUAGACUGGUGACUGAAACUACAGUUAUCCUCUGCCGUUUCGAACCGUUUAGCGAAGGUGCAGCGUAACCAGUCGAUGGUGGAUGCGCUUGUCACUGCGGUGUCCUCCACUGGAGAGCCAGCAGCAUCCUAA